UUUAAACACGGUCUGACUCAUCUGUCAUUAUGGCGUCCUUCCAGCAAGAGGACGACACUAGUGUGCUUGAGGCCGCACUGUCGUUCGUGGACGAGUUUGAUUUCGAUGCUGAUGGCCUCACUGCCUCGUCGAGCGUCUCCUACCCUCAACUACCUCGCGAAGUGAUGCCGGCGCCCAGUCAGAAGUUAGCAAUCACCGCUUCAACAGAAUCGCCCACUUCGCUGUCUAAGGAAGAGAAGCACCGCCUACGUGCCGAGAAGAAGCGAAUGCUACGCAAGGCUGGUAUCUAUAGUGACCCAAACCGCGCACGCAAUGAGCAAACGAGGGAGAUCGCGUUCCUGCGCGAGCAGUUGGAGAAACUCCAGCUCGACCUACAGGUACUGCAGAAGACCAAGAAAAAUGGAAUAAUUGCACUGCAUUCGACCACACAGAGACUGAGUUUAUGGCAGGAGCAGGCCAUAAGACAGCGACGCAAAAGAGAACAGGCAGAGUGCGAUAAUGUGAGGCUGAAACUCGCGGUGGAACGACAGAAGAAGAUGGCGGACAGUCUCGGCCUAUUGGUGCGGAAGCGAACACGGCAAUUGAAUAAUGAGUGUGCAGCGCUGAUUAAUCAGUGUUGCAUUGAGCGCCCGACCAUCGACGUGUCUUACUUCUGUGGUGAUGUGGAAGACUUUCGGGAACUAUUCUAUCGCAUUGACGGAGCGUAUCGAGACCUGGACGCCAUUUUUGCUUCAAAUGGUCUGGCAAACAGGAGUAUUCCGAUUCAGGACGUUCAGAUGCGUGAAGAUGUUGACGGGAAGUACCUGGAAUUCUUUACAUACAAAGACUUACCGUUUGGAUUGCAAGACACGGCACAAGCUUCGUGGGAUUAUUUCAAGGGAGCAGAGAAGCAUAUGGCGUACGGUAAUUUAUACGAGAAAUCAGCGAAGGUGGGGUUGCUAUCAGAGAUACUGAAGGUGUAUGUUAAUGAGAUUUAACCUCUGAAAUGUUGCAGAAUCUUGACGACCCAUACACAAUUAUCGAGGAGUUUACGAAAGAAGUGUAUUCUAACAGCUCUAAAGCAGACGUAAAGAUGCAGCAGGUGGUCCGGCGUUACGUUGAAGAAGACCGCGAUAUUGUGAUCCGUGUAUCACACGCUGCACCAAUUGAAGUCAAGAAUAAAGUGCUGCGUGGACUGACGCAUAACGUUCGAGGGUUUUCUGUAGCAAAGCGCUCUCCUGCUUCCACACCGAAGUGUGAGUUGACUCAACUGCAACUGUGUACGCAGAUUGCUCUGGAGAUGAAGGAUGGUGCAGCAUAUAACCCGAAGAACGUUCGUGCUCUUACCAAUUUUCUCAUCGUCCAUGGAUUGAAAAAUACGGUUGUCAACCGAGAAUACAUCGAAAACAUAUUGGCAGACCGCGCUCUGAAACAUAGAAUUGAAUAAGAAUGCUUGACAGGAAUAAGGCCUUCUGCGUAUUCUUUCAAAUGCGUGAGUUAAAUAUGAUC